CCCCUCGUAGUGACAUAACGUGGUAGUAUCUUCCAAAAUGGCGUCCAAAUAUUAUCAAGAGAUGCAAGAGAGUUUUAGAAAUAACAACAAAAGUAGGGAAUUCCCUGCGCAUAGCGCUAAAGUUCAUUCAGUAGCAUGGAGUUGCGACGGCAGGAGGUUGGCAUCUGGGUCUUUUGAUAAAACAGCAAGCGUAUUUGUCUUGGAAAAAGACCGUUUGGUGAAGGAGAACAACUACAGAGGCCACGGAGACAGUGUUGAUCAGUUGUGUUGGCAUCCUACCAACCCAGACGUGUUUGUCACUGCAUCAGGGGACAAGACCAUACGCAUCUGGGACGUCAGAACAACAAAGUGCACUGCUACUGUUAACACUAAAGGGGAAAACAUCAAUAUCUGCUGGAGUCCGGACGGCCAAACGAUAGCCGURGGGAACAAGGAUGACGUGGUUACCUUCAUCGACGUCAAAUCACACCGGUCACGAGCUGAGGAGCAGUUUAAGUUUGAAGUCAACGAGAUCUCGUGGAAUAAUGACAACAACAUGUUCUUUCUCACCAAUGGAAACGGGUGCAUCAACAUCUUGAGUUACCCUGAGUUGAAGCCCAUCCAAUCGAUCAACGCUCACCCCUCCAAUUGCAUCUGCAUCAAGUUUGACCCAACCGGGAAGUACUUUGCCACAGGAAGUGCAGAUGCCCUGGUCAGUCUGUGGACCGUUGAAGAACUGGUCUGUGUUCGUUGUUUCUCCAGGUUGGACUGGCCAGUGAGAACAUUGAGUUUCAGCCAUGAUGGGAAGAUGCUGGCUUCAGCCUCAGAAGACCACUUCAUAGACAUAGCAGAGGUUGAAACAGGAGAGAAGCUGUGGGAGGUCCAGUGUGAGUCUCCUACGUUCACAGUAGCCUGGCAUCCUAAGAGACCGCUGCUGGCCUACGCAUGUGAUGACAAGGAAGGGAAGUACGACAACAAUAGAGAGUCUGGCACAGUCAAACUGUUUGGAUUACCUAAUGAUUCCUGAGUGAGAUCUAACACGCUGUAUUUUGAUUCACUCUUUAAACCAAGUUUAUAUGGAUAAUUGGCCCUACUUUGUGGAGUCAUGUUUCCUGUUCCUGUGCUGUAAGACGUCUUCUCUAUAUGUUCAAUACAACAUCCUUGUCUUUUGGUCCAUUAAACAUUGACAGAAGGGAUGCCUGUUUAAAUAGCUAUAUCAUGUAAACUGAUAUUUCUCUUAAGUCGAAUGCUCAACUUUCUUCUACUGUUUUUGUUUCUAGAAAGUGUGCCAUCUUAGAUGUAAAAUGAGCAGAUGGUUACAGCGAUUCUGCAAAGGGAAGAGGGUCGGUCUAGUGUUGUCUUUAAGGAUUGGGAUUAAACGAGAUUUACUCUCCGUAGUGAGGGGAAAACACUCAACAGUUUUUCUCUUUACAACCACCAGAUGGCACUGCAUCCUAAUUAUGAACAUUUGUUUCUGUACAGUUUCUCCAGUUUGCAUUACACACAGUGCAGUACCAUAUUUUUGUUAACUUGAAAUUGAUUUUUUUAAAUUAAAAGAACAGUCUUGUUUA